AUGAACAAUGAAAGAAUGCCAGGACAGAUUUCGGAUGAUGAUGAUCAAAAUUCUUUGACCUCUUAUCAAAAAUUUGAUAGAAAAAAAAUAAAUCAAAAGCAAGAAGCAAUAAAACGUGCGGGAGAUUUACGUACUCGCCGUACACCUCAUCGAACGGAUACAUCAGGCCAAGACGAAAUAAAAGGAUUUGACAAUAGUUCAUUUCAUCCUGAUGAUGGUGAACUAUCAACAUUUAAUGGUAAUAGUCGUACAAUAGCUUUUCCAACAACGGAACCAUUACGUACUAUUCGUAUAACUUCCAAUGAAAAAGUGAUAGCAACAAAUAGUACAAAUAUUUCACGUCCAUCAACUGCCACAUCCAUUCAAUCAUCUUUAAAUCGUUCUAUAAAUAGAACGCAAAAACUAUCCGGUGUUACAACUACAUCAACUCUUGAUGAUGGAGAUGAAAUAAAAUUGCAGGGUAUGUUAUGUUCAAUUACUAACAAAAAAACAAAAAAGAAUGAGCUUUUAAUGCUUUUAUUAUUGUGGGUAUUCUUUUUAUUAAUGCAUGAGUAUGAAUACAACUAAGGAUGAAACAGUGCAUGUACUAUGUAUUACUUCGGUUCACUUUCAUGUAGAAUUUAAUUUAAUAUAUCGUUUAUACGUUCCUUAGACGAGAAAUAAAUCGACAUUUCAUUCUUGAAAAUUAUAAAUGUACUCAUAAAUGAACUUUGAAUAACAUGUGCUGUUUCAUUCUUAAACAAAGUGCACUCAAACAAAGCUUCAUUUUCUUCUUCCUUUAUGCUUAU